GAUUUUCUCGUGGUUAUUGGCUAAAACCAAAUCUCUGCCGCUUUUACAAUAUUUUUUAUCAUCAUCUAAUUCUCAAUGAUUUACUUCCAGAACGAGACAAAUGCUCAAACUCUUUCAUAAUCUUUUCAGAAUUGCGGACCAGGCGUAGUGCUCCUGAAAACAAGACAUCACAGAAGGGCGCAUCAGGCUCGAAAAACAAGGCAAGCAAAGGGAAUCCAACCCAGCAUGUUGUGGAAAUUGCUUUCAUAAACAUCAAGGAUCCAGACAUUGCUAUCAGCACUACAGUAACGGUUCUCAGAAUUUUGAGU